GGGGCGCGCUCCUCAUGGGAGGGUCUCCCACCCGCGCGGCCGCGCCGCGGGCGGUGGACCCGGAGCCGCGGCGGCAACAGCCGCCGGUGGGCCGCUCGGGGGACGUCGCCGCGUGCUGCGCCGACGGGAAGACGUACUCGCUUAGCCUUCUGGUGGACGUCUGCAGGCGCGACGGCGUGCCCAGAGGCGGCCCCCUGCUGCGCGGACCCCGCGCCGCCCCGCCCCCGGGCCGCCGCGGCGCCCCCUCCGACGACGCGAGCCCGACGGCCGCCGCCGGAGCCCUCCGCCCUCGCGGCGAGGCCGACGCCGGCCGCCGCCGCGGCGAGGGCGCGGAGCGCCGCGGCGCGCCCGGGGGCGCGCGCGCCUUCACCGCGACGAGCAGCAGCAGCAGCAGCAGCAGCAGCAGCGGCAGCAGCUGCUCCAGCCGCGGCAGCGCGCGGGGAGCCCUCCCCGGGUCCCGCGGGUGCAUGCGGCGCAUGGCUGGGAAGUUCCGG